AUGUAUAAACCUGUUAGUAAUUUUAAUGGUAAUAAAACUUCAAUUUGUAGCCAAGUAGAAGCGGGAAAAAUUAUAACUGAGAAAUUAUAUUGUUGUUCUAAAGAUGCUGUGAAUUGUUUUCCUUCAUCUGACUGCAUUGGCAAUUAUGAAGUAGCCCAAUGCCAUAAUCUCAAUAAGUUUGAUGCUUGCAAGCGAACUGAUGUGGCCGCAAUCCAAGUCUGUGGUGGUUUGCAAAAUAGCAUAAUUUGUUUGUCGGUAGAUACCACAAGCAAAAAUUAUUCAGACUAUUACCGCUUUUACAAAGCUGUUGAAUGGAUAGUUAAUCGCAAUUCUGAAGCUGAAACCAAUAACAUAACGGUUUGUGAUGAUGGAACUAGUUACCAUCCAUGUAAUACUAGCAAUCCUAACGGAACUAUUGCUAAUCUCACUUGCAGUGAUUUAUUUCAAAAUGAACACCGAUGUAAUUGGCGCAAUAUCACUAAUGGCCAAAUACUCGCAGACAUUCCUCGAAAACCU